ACCCGGGGUUGCCUUGGCUGAAAGAAAUAAAGGAGAAUUCACGGAUUAAGAUCAAUUCCUCAGUUUCAUUACAGGCUAGGAGCUCCUCACUUUGACUUGUGCUUAUGUGAACGGGAGCGAGAAAACCUUGAGAGCUCCAAACUAAGCUUCGGACAUGGCACAGGAGAAAAUGGAGCUAGGCUUGGAGGUGCUGCCGAGUUCAACCACCGCAGAAGACAACACUCUGAGAAGAUCCAACAGCGUCCCUUUGAUCAGUGGGCUUGGUGGUAAUUCACAGGUGUUUCAAUCUGACACAUUAAGAACUCGAAGAAACAGUACAUCGUGUAUGGCACAGCACAGUCUGUUUGUGCCACCUUCUCCCAUUCAGCCUUCCACCAGUCACCUUCGUCAAAUCAAACAGGAAGAAGCCAUGGAUUUAAUGAAAAGGGAAACAAUGCAUGAAUGAGAGAAGAGCUGGCUUAGUCAGAAAUGGAACCUCCCUGUCUGUGUCUGCUCAAGGCAUUACCAACCGAAUAGCUCCAUCUGAAACAUCAGACCUGUAGAUUAAAAUGUAAAAAGGGAAGAUGCAUUCUCUGACAAUUUUUUCCCCAAUGAAGAAGUUAAGGUGGAAAAGGAAAAGUUUGUUCCUAAGUCUGUAGUUCUAAUCCUCAAGAGUGAAGGAGUUACGGUGUGUGGGGUAGGGUUCUCUUAAAA